UUAUUGAAAUAAGUUUAGUUUGCAAUAUUUAAAGGUUUAAUCGUAAUGCUUAAUAACUUUGAUGGGCAUUUUGGGAAAUUAAACCACUUUCCAAAAAUACAGUGGACCGAGAGUUGCCCAAACGAACCGCAAGCAGAAGCCCUAGACGGCGGAAUUGGGAUCGGAGAGAAAUGGAGAAGGCGCUGAGAAUAUACGGCGGAGUUCUGCGGCUGGUGCGGCGGUUACCUAAGGAUUCCAGGCCUUACUACGCCAAAUACGCUCGAGAGAAUUUCGUCAACUACAGAGAAGUCGAUGCGAACGAUGCCAAAUCUCUUCAAGAACUCUUCCACAGAGCCUACAAUCACUCCGUUUGGGUUCUCAACAAGUAUUCGGUGGAUCCAUCCGCGGCGGAUAAGCUGAGGGAGAUCUGUUUCAAAUAAUGCCCGGGCUUCGCGUUGGUUUUUGCCGUGGAAAUUGAAUCUCCGGCUGCCCUGCUUUUGAACCUUCGAUUUGUGUUGAAUAAAGAUUUUGAAGCCUGCAUCAAGAACACCUAUUUCUUUUCGUUUCAUCUUUUAUUGAGAAAAUGAACAAUCAUUUUUCACUCUGCACAUAGUUAAACGAAUCAAAUUUUGUUUUGUAUUUUAUUUUAGGUUUAAAUUUCAUCAAAUUUAUUGGAGUUUGAAUGAAUGGUUAAAUUAAUACUC